AUGGGGUCAACAUUCAGUGUUCCCAUUGAACUCCAACUGCAGCAGCAAGCAUUUCGGCUUGCGGCUCCUGCGCAGGGCGUCACCACGGAGUACGUGAUCCGAGAAGUUUUGCUGGGUGUCACGAUUUGCUUCGCCCAGAUCCCGGAGUCGGUCGCCUUUGCCUUCAUGGCAAACAUCAAGCCACCCAUCGCGCUGCACGCCGCGUGGAUCGUGGGAUUCAUCUGCAGCGCUUUUGGCGGACGCCCGGGGAUGGUCAACGGUGCCACGGGUGCCUUUGCAGCCAUUGUGGGGACCUUCAUCCCCCCCGCGGGCACUGGCAACAACGGCCCGGGGGUGGAGCUGCUCUUCCCCUCCGUGAUGCUGGCUGGGCUUUUGAUGAUGGUGGUGUCCGUCACGAAGCUGUCGCGCUUCAUCACUCUGCUGCCCUCACCAGUGAUGCUGGGCUUUUGCAACGGCCUGGCCAUCGUCAUCGGCAACGCGCAGCUGCAUCCGUUCACAAACCCGGAGACACACCACUGGAAGGAAGGUGCUGAGAUGAUUUGGAUGCUUGUCAUUUGCUUCUCGUCCAUGGCUGUCAUGGAGUUCCUCCCGAAGAUCCCCUUGAAGGUCUUCAAGGUGAUCCCCUCGUCCUUGCUAGCAAUCAUCACGGCCAUCGUCAUUGAGUUUGCCAUUGUGCGCAACACGGGGUCUCGCACAGACACCAUCCGGGAUGUGAGCGAGUUCACCGUGGAAACGGCAUUCCCCAUCCCCUUCUUCGUCUCCACAGAUGACGCCGUCAGCUAUGAGCUAGGGAACAUCCUCACUGGCAGCGGCAUCAGCCAGAUCAUUGUCCAGGGCAUUUUCCUUUGCCUCGUGGGCUCCAUCGAGUCUCUGAUGACUGCAGAGGUGGUGGAGUCCUUCACCAAGGAGCCCGGGGACGGGGAUCGCACGGUGCUGGCCAUGGGCGUGGGCAACGUGAUCUCCGGGUUCCUGGGCGGCAUGGGAGGCAACGCCAUGAUCGGCCUCUCCACGGUGAACUGCCUCAACGGCGGCAAGGGCCGGCUGGGGCCCUGCGUCACCGCUGUGGGGAUCAUGGCCUGCGUCAUGGGCGCUUACCCCCUUCUCAACUUCAUCCCCGUGGCGGCGCUGGCGGGAAUCAUGCUUGUAGUGGUGCUGCACACCUUCAAGUGGUUCACCAUCCCAAUGGUUUUGGCGGCCCUCCUUCCCAAGUUCCUUCGGGAGAAGCUGAGCCUGCAGCGCAAGGUGCCACGGGUCGAUGCCAUUGUCAUCAUUGUGGUGACCAUUUUGUGCAAGUGGCCGGCAGGCACCAACAUCGCCAUUGCCGUGGGCGUGGGGGUGGCCAUUUGCUCCAUGUCUUAUGCCUGGAACUCUGCCGACACGCUGCGUGGCCUGCAAAUGUGUGCUGGUGGGCCAGUGCAGGGAUGUCCUUAA